AUGCCAUUCCAGAGGUAUCUCGAUGGCGACCCGUCCCCCGACGCUGCCCUCGACCUCGGCGUCGACGCGAACACGUUCUCCGCCAAUGUCCAGUUCCACCUUCCCAAUCACAUCCUCGGGGCUCCCAUCCUCGCCCCCGGCGGAGGCGCAGAGGUCCUCCCCUCGGGCUGCAUCAGUACCCAGAACCCCUUUGCCCAAUCCUGGUACACGCCAACAAGCUAUGCCAGGUAUUCCGAUCAUUCUCCUCUCCCAAAACCCAUGCACCACACACAGCCUCCUCACCACCAGCUGCUCCCAGAAACCCCCUUCGCUCAGCAGCAUGCCUAUCACCCUCCGCCAUCCUCUCUGCCCACCAACUACCUCUCCCGACCCACUCCAUACCCCACCCCGUAUGCGCUUCCGUUAUCUAACCCGUUCACUAAUCACUCCCAAACCCCUUCUCGUGCUGCUCCCUCUCCCUCUCCCAGUCCCCUCAUGCCUGCCCCCAUGUCCAUGUCCUUCCCAUCCGCCGCAGGUCUCCCCGUCUACUCCACCUCCGGCUUCGACCUGCUCUCCAUCCUCUCUCGCAUCGCCAACCGCCCCCGCCCCAACAUCGCCCUCGGCCCCGUCGACAUGACCUGCGCCUUUGUCGUCGUCGAUGUCCGCCGCUUUGACGCUCCCAUAGUGUACGCGUCUCCCACUUUCUGCUCCCUCACCGGCUACCCCGAGCACGAGGUCCUCGGCCGCAACUGCCGCUUCCUCCAGGCCCCCGACGGCCGUGUCCAGCGCGGCGACGUCCGCCGCUUCACCGCCCCAGACGCCGUCGCCCACCUCCGCCGCUGCACGUCCCAGGGCAAGGAGUGCCAGACCAGCAUCAUCAACUACCGCAAGGGCGGCGCCCCCUUCAUCAACCUCGUCACCGUCAUCCCCGUCCCGCCCGACGGCGACCACGACGCGGUCGCGUACCACGUCGGCUUCCAGGUCGACCUCGCACAGCACCCCGGCGCCAUCCUCCAGAAGCUGCGCGACGGCUCCUACAUCGUCGACUACUCCCGCCGCUCCAUGCUCUCUGCCGCCGGCCCGCGGAACUGGCGCGCCACCGCCGCUGCCAUGCACGGCGUCUCGAACGAGCUCCACACGCUGCUCGCCGACCCUGCCUUCCUCGCCUCCGCCCCGCUCGCCCUCCCGUCUCCCGUCGCGCCCUCGACGCCCGCCACGCCCGGAGACAAGGCCGACCCGUACGACGGCAACAAGCCGCUGCACCUCCUGCUCCUCGCCUGCGCCCCCGACUUUGUCACCGUCGUCUCCCUCAAGGGCGCCUUCCUCUACGUCGCCCCCGCCGUCCGCCGCGUGCUCGGCUACGCCCCCGACGAGCUCGUCGGCCGCUCCCUCACCGAGCUCUGCCACGCCGCCGACGUCGUCCCGCUCAUGCGCGAGCUCAAAGAGUCCUCCGUCCUCCCCGCACCCGCGCCCCAGCCCACCGACGACGCGUCCGCGGCCGCCGCCGCCCACGAGCCCGGCCCGCGCCGCGUCGACCUCCUCUUCCGCAUGCCGAACAAGGCCGGCGCGACCGUCUGGGUCGAGUGCCGCGGCCGCCUGCACGUCGAGCCCGGCAAGGGCCGCAAGGCCAUCAUCCUCAGCGCGCGC